UAUUCCAUAGUGUUUGAUAGUGUUCAUUUGGAGUUGGUAACUGUUUAGGUUCAAAGCACGUGUUGGAAGGCUUUCAGGUGAUCGAGCUUCUGUGUCUAUCCGUUUUGUAUAGUGUCGCAAAGGUUACAUGAAAAACAUUACUUGAAUUUGAAGGGAUUAUAAAAACAACAAGAGUCCGGCUACAGUGUUUGGUUUGUAUUCUGUUGUUUGUACUGUUCGGAGACAGUGAAGAUUGAAGUUAUCUUGUUUUAUUCAAGUCUGACCCCGGGACAGCUUUUGUGUUUAUUGACAACUUGUGCAAAUAUACAAACAGGAAGAUUUCGUUAGAAAUUUCUGACAUUCACUUCAACUGAUAGUUUGAACUCAUUCAUAUAACAAAUUUUUAUCGUCUAGAUCAAGUUAAAAAGGCUUAACAAAUUUAAAGAAAUAACAAUUACUCGAUGUAUUGCAAAUUAGACGACGCUGAUAUGACCCCAACUUCGUUUUCAAUGAAUACGAUUUUAACAAAUGAGAAACAAAAGCUGGCUGAGAAUCAGAUAGAAAGCGAGAAAUUACACAAUGAAGAAGACACACGUCAAAGUGGAGUUAAAAAAGAAGAACUGAAGAAAAUUGAGGAUGAUAAACCGAAAAAGGAAGAACUUUCUAGCGAAGCGAAGCAUGUACACGUCAAUUUAGAGGAAUCUGAACUUUGGAAGAAGUUUAAAUCUCUUACCAAUGAAAUGAUUGUCACCAAAAAUGGAAGACGAAUGUUUCCGGUCUUGAAAUUAAACAUCCGAGGACUGGAGCCGCACGCCAUGUAUUCAAUACUGCUCGACUUCGUCGCUGUUGAGGAUCACCGCUGGAAGUAUGUUAAUGGGGAAUGGGUAGCAGGUGGUAAACCGGAGCCAGCUACGACCAGUUCUGUAUACAUUCACCCUGAUUCGCCAAACUUUGGGACACACUGGAUGAAGAGUGCUGUAUCGUUUACUAAGGUUAAGCUGACCAAUAAAAUGAAUGGAGAAGGACAGGUCAUGCUAAAUUCUCUACAUAAAUAUCAACCGCGCAUUCAUAUCAUCAGAGUUGGAGCACCAGAAGGAGAGAGAACGAUUAGUACCCAUACCUUUCCAGAAACACAAUUCAUAGCUGUAACUGCUUAUCAAAAUGAGGAGAUUACAGGUUUAAAGAUCCAAUACAACCCCUUUGCAAAGGCCUUCCUAGAUGCCAAAGAACGUUCUGAACACAAGGAUUUGCUGUACGAGAGGGAUGCUUUGAACCAAUUAGCUUCAAGCUACGGUUAUUACCCAUCUAUGAUGUCACCGGUCACGCGCGCGAUGGGGUGUGACAAUCUACGCAACCAUCGCGCGUCGCCCUACCCGUCUCCGUAUCAAAGACCGGAUUUAAUGGGAGGGUGCCCUACAUAUUAUCGCGAGUCUAGUCCUCCCUUCAUGAACCCAUGUAUCCAAAACAAUACCUGGCCUUUACAUCAUUUAAAUUACGGCUCUCCAAUGACAACGGCACCACUUAAACCAGAUGACGUUAUUCAACAAAGUGUCGCCGUCAGUUCGUUUGCUUCGACGUUAGGACAGUUUCCAACUGGAAAACAAACAGGAGUGGAUCCCAACGCCAACCCGUGGAAUCAUUCGCUAGUGUAUCCUUCAAACAUUUAAAGAUUGUUAUCUAUAUAGAAAGUGAGUAAAAAUUCAAAAAAGCACAGCGGAAACAAAUAUGGCAACCUCCCAUUUCGGCGAUUUAAUUUGCUACGGCACGCCUUUCAGAUGGGCAAAGAGUAAGACGGAAGUUAAAAAUUUCUCUUGCUUAGAUAUAUUAUGAUUAUGAUCUAAGGAUCUCAAAAUUUAAAGAAAAAAAACGUGCCGCGACAUCGUGAUUGUUGUUUAUUGUUUCCAUAGCAAGUGGAUACGACUUGACGGACGUGUGACGUAGGCAAUAAUUCCGAGGUGGCACGUCAUAUAUUUUAAUAUAAAACCUUAAUAUAUCAAAUAUUAACUUAUUUAUUAUUUUUAUAGGAAUUUAUAGUGUACAUUCACACGCGGUAUAAAUAUUCAAAAAUGUACAGCUUUUUUUCUUAUUUUUAAUUUUUUUAGCACGGUUGAUAAAGGAACCUAUUUUUAUAUAUGAUUCUGGCUUAGGUUAAUUUGAAAAUCAGAAUUUUGAUGUGGUGUCCUUUAAGUUAAAAGUCUCUCCCUCAUGCCAUCAAUUUUUAUCUCUUCGCCCCCACACCCCCUCUCCUACAAAAGAAAACCGUGAUCCCUUGUUAGUGUAUAGUUCUCCCCCCACUCAUUUCCUUCUUCAUAAGAGGACACCAAGUCAAAUUUCAAAUGUAAAAAUUCUGUAAUGCUCCAACGGCUACUUUGGCACGUCGUCUAAUCAAGUAUAACUAUUUUCUGGAAAAGGUUCACGUAAAUAUAUUAUUUGGAAGGUUAAUCUUGUAAAAACUGAGAAAGUGAAUAUUGUAAAUAUUAAGCACAAGAUAGAAUAACAUAAACUGAGUUUUAUCGGUGAUAGAUAAA